UUCUUUAUCAUUCUUUUCUUCUUUGUGUUUCGGUUGAGAGUGAAAGGUGAUUCAGGAAGAGUUUUGCAACCAGGAGGUGCUCGGUUUUCGGUGUAGUUCGGUUUUGUUACUCGAGGGAAUUCCCUUGCCGUUGUGAGAUUUAUUCAGCCUGCGCUGCUCGGCUGAGCUCUUUGCUUUCUGCACAUUAUUUUUUUCCAGAAGAGGAGUUGCAAGAAAGGAGGCUUAAUGACCACUGCUGCCUCUUCUUCCACUAAACUUCGGAAUGCUUUCUCCUAUUGCGUCCGACAAGUCAGGACGAACGACUAUGAAAACUUCUUGUGUAUCUUGCAUCUGCCACCGGGCCCUCGUGCGGCAGCCUUCGCUCUUCGAGCUUUCAACAUUGAGACAGCUCAGGCUGGUGAUAUGAAAGAGACAAAUCUAGCAAUGAUGCGCUUGGUGUGGUGGCGUGAUGCCGUAGAUGGAAUAUACAAGAAAAAGACAUUGGAACAUCCGGUUAUCCAAGCACUUGGAGCUGUUAUAAGUGAGAAUCGCUUGAGCAAACACUGGUUUACGCGUCUACUUGAAGCUCGGAUGACGGAUUUAGAUUCCAUGUCACCGUUGAACGUAGCGGAAGUUGAACGGUAUGCUGAAGAUACUGCUUCAUCUCUUUUAUACCUGACACUGGAAGCGUCCGGUAUACGGAAUACAUCGGCUGAUCACGCGGCUUCUCACAUUGGCAAGACAGCAGGAAUGGGGCUUUUGCUACGUGCUUCUCCUUAUCAUGGUGCUCGCCGCCGAUCUUACAUACCACUUGAGACAGCUGCUAAGCAUGGAUUGGCUCAGGAAGAGUUGUAUCGUGGGCAGAACGCUGAAGCUCUAGCAAACGCAGUCCACGAGGUUGCCUCUGUUGCGAAUUCACAUUUGGAGAAAGCACGUUCACUUGCUCCGUUGGUCCCUGCCCCUGCGUUACCCGUACUUCUACCUGCGGUGCCAGCAGGAGUGUUGCUACAGACUCUAGAACGCAUCAACUUCAACGUAUUUGACCCCAAAUUAGUGCGUGGCGUUUGUGGCAUAUCUCCUUUGUGGAUGCAUUUGAAGCUUAAGUGGCACGCUUACAAAGGAACUUACUAGCUUCUUUAGUCAAUGUGGUCUUUCGUUUAUUUGGUGAGCACAUCGUCAAUAUUGAUGGUUCCACUCAUGUUCGAUAAUUUCUUUUCCACCGCCAGAGGCUGCAAGUUUCCAACUGGAGUUUUGCACGGUUGACAUGUUACUCUUCAACAUCAAUACACACGUCGCAUGCAUCAACUGGCUUUUUUUUGGUCUAGCAGUAGAUAAAGGAUAAAAUUUGUUUACGCCAGAAGAGGUCAAAUCUGAGCUGUGUCCGUAGAUCUUGACCACAUCUUCCUCUUCCAUACUUGGCGAUUUGGAUAACCCAGUUUGGACAAUCCGUUCCGGAUCCUAAUUUCCUCCAUCUGUGAAUGCCUACAACUUGAAUCCCAUGCGCUGUAACGACUCCCAGUGAAAGUUGUUACUUGUUCAAGGGGUUCAAGGUGAAAUUGUUUCUGAUUUUGGAA